AUGUCCAUCACCUCGCCCUCCGCCUCUGCAAAGAAGGCCAUCCACAAGAUAGACAUCGCCCAGGUCUCGCUGAAUCUCCAGGACCGGCUGGGACUCGCCAAAGUCCGCUACGAGCGCCUUCACGGCCUCCGCAGAGACAGCGACUCAGACACGGACAGCCGCCCCCAGAGCCAGCAGCAGCAGCAGCAGCAACACCUCUACGGCCAGCACAAUGGAUUCCCCAGCGAGACAGGCUCUGACUGCUCCUCGACGGACUCGGCAGACGCCCGCUACUCGACGCCCUUCACCUCCUCGCCCGUCCGCACCCCGAUGCUGAGCAGGGAGCUGCCCCGGUCCGCCCGCAGCAGACACGCUGCCACCUUCGACAUCAAGACGAUGCAGUGCAUGACCUCGGGCGGCAGCUCGCGCAAGAGACGGCGCUGUGAUCCGGCCAUUGCACUCGCCGCCGCAGCAACAGCAGCAGCAGCAGCAGAGAGAGUAGACUCGGGACGCCGCCGCCAGAUGCCACGGCUCUCCUUCAACGGCAGCAGUGCCGCAGCUGCGCCGCACUCCUCCCCCCUGGCCAGACGGCAGCACCAGCGACGGACCUACCAGACCAUGCCCUCCUUCGUCUCCGAGACCGACACCAUCCCGGAUCCCGACAUCGACAGCGCCGACAUCGAUCCACAGCUGGCAUCCCGGCGUCAUCACCAUCACCAUCACGAAGAAGACCACCACCAGCCAUGCACACCUCCUCCUCGACGCAGCCGCUUCUCCGACGACGACGCUGCAGCUUCAGGCUCCGGCGCUGACCUGCUCCUCUACCUCGCCAACUCGCCCACUCCAGCAACCAUCAACGGCAAGCCUGCCACUGCAACUACUACUACUACUACUACAACGACUACUACGACUACCACGACUGCCGGCGGCAACGACUUCCUCCCCUCGACGCCGCCGACCCAGCACGCCGCUCCCUACCAGCUGCUCUCCACGCCCACACCUUCCCAGCCCUUCAACUUUGCAGACUUUGUCAACGUCACUCCCAGCCCGGCCCAGCGAGGGUGGUCCGCCUCCAACGGCACUUCUCGCACUCCGCUCACCACCGCCGCCGCCGCUGCUGCUGCCUCUGCCUCUGCCUCUGCCUCUGCCUCUGCGUCCGGGGGAGCUGUCUCGCGCACUCCUCGCACUCCUCGCACCACCAAGGAUGUCCGCAAGAGACUCAACUUUGACGCCCUCGCGCCCCCCAGCCCCGUCAGAGGCUCGGCCAAGCGUCACAGCACUUCUACCACUGCUGCUGCUGCUGCUGUGUCUACUAAUUCUAGUGCCGCCGGCCUGGCACUCCAGCUCGGCGAGGAGUUGCCCAUAUAGUCUUUUCUCUUUCCUUCUCUUACGUCCUUUCGUUCGAUCUACUUUGUGAUGCAGAUACGUGAACCAGAUACACUCGGCGGUCUUGUUUGUCAGGUUAUUAUUUCUUCCCUGUCUUGCUGUACAACACCUUUCCACCCUUUGCGCUUCUCCAUCUUCCUCUCUGCCAUCUACUUAAUAUCCCUAUCGCCUUAUCUUCCUUCUCUUCUUCCCCCGACUGUACGGUUCCCUUGAUCUACCACGUCCGUCACUCUGUCUCGAGUACUCUGCCCAGCCUGUAUGUAUGUAGCCUGUAGCCUGUAGCCUGUAGCCUGUAGCC